AUGCUAAAAAAACGCAAGGACGACCACGACAACGACGAUCAAGGCGAUAGUGCUGCCCAGGGCGACAACGAAGAGCUGGGUGACAGCGACGACCAGAGCGGCACCGAUAGCAAAAGAAACGACUGGAGCACGAAGAAAGAGGAUGAAAAGAAACAGGAGCCAAAGGACAAGAAGCCUAAUCCUCGGCGGGCGAGAGGCAAAGGUGAUGCACUCAUCGUCGAAGCCAAGGGCGACGUAUCAUAUGCUGACCUCUUCAUAAAAAUGCGAGAGGACCCUGGCCUCAAGAAACUGGAGGAGAGCGUGGUGAAGUCUAGACGCACCCAGAAUGGCGAAAUGCUGUUCGAGCUGAAGAGAGACCCAGAAAUCAGGAGCUCUGCAUUUAAGGAUCUUGUCGAAAGGGCUCUCGGUGACGGAGCAAACGUAAGGGCCUUAUCCUCCGAGUCAUCGAUUGAAUGCAGGAACCUCAGUCUGUUCACUACCGAGAUGGACCUGCGUCAGAAUCCCAGUCCCAGUCCCAGUCCCAGUCCCAGUCCCAGUCCCAGUCCCAGUCCCAGUCCCAGUCCCAGUCCCAGUCCCAGUCCCAGUCCCAGUCCCAGUCCCAGUCCCAGUCCCAGUCCCAGUCCCAGUCCCAGUCCCAGUCCCAGUCCCAGUCCCAGUCCCAGUCCCAGUCCCAGUCCCAGUCCCAGUCCCAGUCCCAGUCCCAGUCCCAGUCCCAGUCCCAGUCCCAGUCCCAGUCCCAGUCCCAGUCCCAGUCCCAGUCCCAGUCCCAGUCCCAGUCCCAGUCCCAGUCCCAGUCCCAGUCCCAGUCCCAGUCCCAGUCCCAGUCCCAGUCCCAGUCCCAGUCCCAGUCCCAGUCCCAGUCCCAGUCCCAGUCCCAGUCCCAGUCCCAGUCCCAGUCCCAGUCCCAGUCCCAGUCCCAGUCCCAGUCCCAGUCCCAGUCCCAGUCCCAGUCCCAGUCCCAGUCCCAGUCCCAGUCCCAGUCCCAGUCCCAGGCCCAGUCCCAGUCUCAGUCCCAGUCUCAGUCCCAGUCCCAGUCCCAGUCCCAGUCCCAGUCCCAGUCCCAGUCCCAGUCCCAGUCCCAGUCCCAGUCCCAGUCCCAGUCCCAGUCCCAGUCCCAGUCCCAGUCCCAGUCCCAGUCCCAGUCCCAGGCCCAGUCCCAGUCUCAGUCCCAGUUCCAGUCCCAGUCCCAGUCCCAGUCUCAGUCCCAGUCUCAGUCCCAGUCUCAGUCCCAGUCCCAGUCUUGGUUCAGUCCCAAUUCAGUUCAAGCCCAGUCGAAGUCUAGUCCAAGUCCAGGAUUUUGUGACAAAAUUAUUCAAAUAA